ACCUGAUGAGGCACCUCUAUCGGGGAGUUUGUCUCAGGAUGUCUGUUUCAUGCCCACCAAGUGUGUGUGUCUGAGUGUGUGUGUGUGUGUGUCUGAGUGUUUGCUUGUUUGUUUCUCCUACUUCUUCUCGCUCUCACAGCCGGAGUGUGUAAGUGACGGGUUUCUCCUCCAGCGUCUAUGCCUGUGUGUUGGUGUGUUAUGGACACAAAGGCAAGAAUGAAACUUCACAUGGGAACUACAUUGCUGGUGCUCCUACUCACCCAAAACACACACUUGCUCCCCUCAGAUGGCUCUGGAGCGCAGGUGAAGACCAGCCCAGCAGACCAACCCUCACCUGGUUCACACCUGGACCUGGAGUGUAGGGAAAAGGGUUACACACACAUGUCGUGCAGCAAGGUCUCCUGUCCUGAAGGACUUCGCUGUAUUCCGAAUGACCCAGACUGCACGUGUAACGUGGCAAAUAAGUGCCCGCCGGGCAAGGAGGUGUGCGGCCAUGAUAGGAGGAUGUACCGUAACCGGUGCCAGGCCGUGGCAGCCACCUGCAGGGACUCGUCGAACACCCCUGUCUUCUCUCACCUGGGAACCAAUUGCACUGACAGUGUCUUCAGGACAUCUCUAAAGACAGACAAACAGGUGAUCCAGGUGUGGCUGCCCAACAAUUCUACAAGUGCACUGAUAUGUCACACGGGACGGAAUAUUGCUGCUGUCAAUGUUCUGUGUCGUCAAAUGAAUCGCAACUGGGCAGAAUCUGCAGACUAUGUGAAGUACUCUGAUGUUCCGAGAGAGAACGUCGAUCUCCCAGAUGAGUGUGUUCAUGUCUUCUGUAAAGGACAUGAGUACUCUCUGGCUGAGUGUAAAAUGUACCAUCCGAAAAAACUUAAACCUGACAGCCGCAUCACAAUGGCCAAGUGUUACAGUGGUAAUUCGGACAGCCAAGCUCAAAACACAUGCGAGUUCGCGUGUGAAAACGGAAAGUGCGUGAAGUCAAAAAACACAUGUGAUGGAAUCGACCACUGUGGAGACGGCAGCGACGAGAUUUGUUGCAAAGGUUGUCGAGCUGGGGCUUUCCAUUGCAAGUCCAAUAUGUGUAUCUCUCACCUCGCUCAUAAUGAUGGAGUCCCAGACUGUCUGGAUGAAGAUGAUGAGGAUGAAGAUGAUGAGAAGGAAAAAAAGGACCCAGACCUCCCUCCCAGGACCAAACCCAUACCCGCACCCACCUCCACACCUCACCCCACUACCCUGGCACCUGCUCCGACAACUAACCCCACCACGACCACCCCCAUCCCGACCACCAAAGCCAUUCUCACGGAUGACUACCUGGGACCCCUGCAAUGUUUGAAGCAGAAGUUCACUCAGCGGUUGUGUCUGAAGGCGUUUUGCCCCCCCUGGAUGCGCUGUGUCGACGGCAGGUGUGUGUGCAAGGUGCCCUACAUGUGCAAACGCCUCGGCCAGGGUGCGUGUGGCCACAAUGGCCGAGGGUACUUCAACCACUGUCAGGCCAUGGCCGCUAGCUGCCGCUCAAAAACGAAGGUCUUCUCUCACUUUGGAGACCAGUGCAGUGCUGACAAUGUGUUCAGCACCUCUCUAAAGACAGAUAAACAGGUGGUUGAGGUGUUUCUGCCUAACAUCUCCAAGAGUGCGCUGGUGUGUGCCAAGGACUGGGACAUGGCUGCAGCCAACGUUGUGUGUCGUGAUACAAGGUCUGAGAAAGCGAGAAGUGCUGCCAGUGUGGUGUUUUCAGAGGUUGAGGGGGCUGGACUACCGAACGUGUGUGUGAGGAUGCAGUGCACAGGGCACGAAUACUCACUGGCCGAGUGUAACAUCUAUGGUGAUAUGAAACCACUCACUCCCAAUGAUCAUGUCGCAUCAGUCCAGUGUGGAACAGAUGAUGCAGACGUUAGUGACUGUGAGUUCACUUGUGCAAACGGACAGUGUGUGGAGCUCAAUGACACGUGCGAUGGCAUCAAUCACUGUGAGGAUGGCAGCGACGAGAUGUGUUGCAAAGCUUGUCGACGUAAUGCCUUCCACUGCAAGUCCAAUGUGUGUAUCCCUCCUCAUACUGUUGGAGACAGAAUCAGGGACUGUCUCGGGGGAGAUGAUGAGGUUCCAGAGUUAGUAGAACAGUUCCGCAAAAGAGACCAGUACACAGAAGAAGCCAUCUCUGUUUCUGAAACAGAGGUAGCAGAAGGGUUCCUCAAAGGAGAGCAGUACACAGAACAAGCCAUCUCUGUGCCUAAAACAGAGGUAGAGAUUCAGCGGACCUCGCUGGAAGUGUUGGAGUGUGGCAUUCCAAACAUGGACUACACGCCACCGCCCAGUGACUUUGGAGGCACUAGGACGAAGAGAGUUGUGGGCGGGCAAGAAACCACGCCGACACAGAUCCAAUGGCAGGUGGCCAUUCAGGAGGACGGGAAGGUCAACUGUGGGGGGGCGUACCUGGGGGGCUGCUGGGUGCUGACUGCCGCCCACUGUGUCGGGUCCAAGCCCGAAGCGUAUCUUGUGAAGUUCUCCCUUUGGCAGAAGAUGUCCAGGAUUGACACCACUGACAUCGCCUAUGUGAAGAAGCUACACGUUCACUGGGACUACGAGGCCCAGAGCUACCGGAAUGACAUCGCUCUGGUCGAGCUGAAGCCACUAGGGGGCAGCACUCAGUGUGUGCGCUCCAACCCCGCCAUCCGCUCCGUCUGUGUGCCCUGGUCCGUCCAGCAGUUCCAGCCGAGGCACGACUGCACCAUCUCCGGAUGGGGGAGGGACAAAGAGGGCAAGUCCCAGAAUAAGCUGCAGUGGGCGAGCGUAGAGCUGAUCGACAAUUGCGAGAACUACUACCCAAACCGCUUCAAAGCGGGAAUGAUGUGUGCAGGUGAUGUGGACGGCCAUGUGGACUCCUGCCAGGGUGACUCCGGGGGCCCGCUGGUGUGUAAGGACCCCAGCGGCGUGUCGUACGUGUGGGGGGUGGUGAGCUGGGGGCAGGAAUGCGGCAAGAAGGGCUUUCCUGGUGUUUAUACCCAGGUGGCGCACUACUACAACUGGAUCCACAUGACCACCGAUAAAUACAUCACCAAGUACAACCAAUAAACUAGGGUGGAGACGCAGACACACACACACACACACACACACACACACACACACACACACACACACACACACACACACAAACACACACAAACACACACAAACACAACCACACAACCACUGAACCAGGCCUGUCGUAACUGAAACCACACCACACCCAAUGGAGCUGAAGCCAGACACACACUGUCUUCUCUUCUGAAGAAUGAGCUAUUAUAUCCCUUUUGCCUCUUGAUUGACUUUUAAAUAUGAAUACCAUUUACACAUUAUAAACUCAACUAAAAUAACUAAACAAAAAUAAAUGCUUUAUUAUCAGAUUA